AUUGCGCAGACGCAGUGGGGAGGGUGCACAUUAGAUCCAGUUGAGAGAAGAGGCAUGAAUAAUACGCGCUGGUAGAGAACAGGGGAGGGGUCGAACCUACACCAAACAUGGAAGGAAAGCUAAGCUGGAUAGUCCGUGUCUAAAGAACUGCCUCCUGGAGGAAACAUCCCGCAAAGGUCUCACUUGCCUGUCGGGAGAAGGGAGGACUUACGAACCGUGAUUGGCGCUCGCUGGGACAAGAUCUAGAUCUAGAUCUAGCUUUUUUGAGGGCCCACGAACGAUCCUUGAAUCCAUUACCGCUUCUGUCAGAUUCCCGUUAACCGGUGCAGUACGUGCGAGCCGAGCCGUAGCCGUAGCGGGUCAAGGUUGCCUCGCUAAUCACUGACGCAUCUACACAUCUCAUCGUAGCUCCACGCAAGCAAACGUCCUCGGGAUGGCGGAGUCCAUUUGUGCGACCGGCAUGGCCGCCAAGCUGAGGAGCCAGUGGGAUCGCAACGAGGGCCUGGGACAGAACCACAUGGCGGUGAAGUACCUGGGUCAGGACUACGAGGGUCUGAAGGCCCAGAGCCUCCAGAGCGGCAGGGCGUUUGAGGAUCACCUGUUCCCUUGUUGCGCGUCGUCUCUGGGAUUCAACGAGCUCGGCCCGAGGUCCGCCAAGACGUCUGGAGUGCGCUGGAUGAGGCCCGCGGAGAUUUGCAAGCGGCCCGAGUUCAUCGUGGACGGAGCUACACGCACAGACAUCUGUCAGGGAGCUCUGGGGGACUGCUGGCUGCUGGCCGCCAUCGCCUCGCUGACCUUGAACGACAACCUCCUCCACCGAGUGGUUCCACACGGACAGGGCUUCCAGCAGGGCUACGCCGGCAUCUUCCACUUCCAGUUCUGGCAGUUCGGCGAGUGGGUGGAGGUGGUGAUCGACGACCGGCUGCCGGUGAAGGACGGGAAGCUGCUGUUCGUGCACUCGGCCGAGGGCACCGAGUUCUGGAGCGCGCUGCUGGAGAAGGCCUACGCAAAGCUGAACGGCAGUUACGAGGCCCUGUCGGGCGGCAGCACGUCCGAGGGCUUCGAGGACUUCACGGGCGGCGUGACGGAGAUGUUCGAGCUGAACAAAGCCCCCCCCGACCUCUUCAGCAUCAUCAGCAGGGCCAUAGAGAGGGGGUCCCUGCUGGGCUGCUCCAUAGAGACCACCAGCUCCAGUGACCGGGAGGCCGUCACGUUCAAGAAGCUGGUGAAGGGACACGCUUACUCCGUGACCGGGGUGGAGGAGGUGGUGUACAGAGGGAACACCACCAAGCUGGUUCGCAUCAGGAACCCGUGGGGGGAGGUGGAGUGGACCGGCGCCUGGAGCGACGACUCCAGGGAGUGGGACAAUGUGGAUCGCUCCGUCCGAGCUCGCCUGCAGAACCGCAGCGAGGACGGCGAGUUCUGGAUGUCCUACGCCGACUUCCUGCGCGAGUUCAGCCGCCUCGAGCUCUGCAACCUGACGGCGGACACCCUGCAGAGCAGCCAGCCCAAGAAGUGGAGCUCCUCGCUCUAUCAGGGCGAGUGGAGGAGGGGCAGCACCGCGGGGGGCUGCAGGAACUUCCCAGCGACCUUCUGGCUGAACCCUCAGUUCAAGAUCGUGCUGCAGCACCCGGACGCUCCGGGUCAGUCCGAAUGCAGCUUCCUGGUCGGCCUCAUGCAGAAGGACCGCAGGAAGAAGCGGCGGGAGGGACAAGACAUGGAGACCAUCGGGUUCGCCCUCUACGAGGUUCCAAAUGAGUUUGUUGGCAGGUCGGGCGUCCACCUGAAGAAGGACUUCUUCCUCACCCACGCCUCCAGCGCUCGCUCCGAGCUCUUCAUCAACCUGAGGGAGGUCAGCUCGCGGCUGCGGCUGCCGCCCGGCGAGUACGUCAUCGUCCCCUCCACCUUCGAGCCGCACAAAGAGGGCGACUUCGUCCUGAGGGUCUUCUCCGAGAAGCCCGCCGACUCUGAGGAGCUCGAUGACGACGUGGCAGCGGAGCUUCCCACUGAGACCCAGCUGGACGAGAGCCAGAUCGACCCGGCCUUCAAAAACCUCUUCAGACAGCUGGCCGGGCCGGACAUGGAGAUCAGCCUCACGGAGCUGCAGACCAUACUGAAUCGGAUCAUGAGCAAACACAAAGACCUGAAGACGGACGGCUUCACCAAAGAAUCCUGUCGCAGCAUGAUCAGCCUCAUGGACACGGACGGCAGCGGGAAGUUGGGCCUGAGCGAGUUCCACGUCCUCUGGGAGAAAAUCAAACGCUACCUGACCAUUUUCAGGCAGUUUGACUUGGACAAGUCGGGCACCAUGAGCUCCUACGAGAUGAGGAUGGCUCUGGAUUCUGCAGGUUUCAAGCUGACCAACCAACUGUUCCAGCUGAUCAUCCUGCGCUACACGGAGGCCGACAUGUCCGUGGACUUCGACAACUUCGUCACCUGCCUGGUCCGGCUGGAGACCAUGUUCAAAACCUUCCACACCAUGGACACGGACAAAGACGGCUUCAUGUCCCUCAACUUCAACCAGUGGAUCACCCUGACCAUGUUUGCCUGAAGACGAGCGGACGCCUCAGCACCGGACCCACAGUGCCUUCUCUCUCUCUCUCUGACUGUACAUUUCGUCUACAUGGUGCCUACAUCUCAAACGUCUGCCAACUCUUUUACGCGUCAUUAAUUUUUUUAAUUUUUUAGCAUUUUUUUACUUUUAAAGAUGUACAAACAUUCGUUCAAACAAAGUCAUUUGUUACAUUUUAUUCGGUGGACACAAAAAGGCCGUUCUGCCAGUUUGAUAUUAUUAUUAUCAUCAUUUUUAUCAUAACAGCCAGUUGGAGAGGACCAAACCAUCCUAGCAGCAUUAAGCGGCUUAUUUUCAGCAGACUUGCUGAGGUGAUAUCGAUUGACUUGAAUAUAAGAAUCCCCCCCCUCUCCGACUUGAAAGGUGCGCUUCGGUUCUUCGCUUCGGUUAAGCUCACGAGCGAAACGCCCCGCGGUCACGUAGCACUUGCUUUUUUUCUUUUUACCGUCCACGUUGCGACCAAUCGCUCGCUCCUUUAAACUCCCCCGGGGGGCAGUUUGGGAGAACUUUGGUUUCCGUGGCAACGUGGUUUCUCUGCAGUAGAGAAACAAACUGCUCAUUCUAAGGGGACGAAGACACAUUGAAUUAUAUUUUAGGGUGAUUAUACACGGAGGAAAACACUUUUUUUCUUUUUGCACUAAAUGCUGCACACUGUUUCUUUAAUUAAAAGGGUUAACUGGGUUGUUUUUUGUAGAAAAUUAGCUGUCAAAAAUGAUUUUAUAAUAAUUUACACUUACUACGGGAUACUUUUGCACGGCCACGUUCAUCCUAUGAGGGGAAAUAGGACCUUUUUUUAAAAGAUUUUAAAUGAAAUGUCCACAAAGAGUUAAAUGUUCUUGAGGAGAAUCUGCAAAACGCUCUUCUGAGAGUAUCUUUGUCCCGUCGGAAGGCUUGAAGCCGGCCGGCACAGAGGCCACGUGGAACUCACUCUUAUUAACUUAAACU